AUGGAUCUGUUGGGCGAUGGCGAAAGUGAUCCGAAGCACUAUUAUCAAGAAUAUGUUCGCCAUUACGAGUAUAACAUCACCAACAAUGGAUCAACUGAUGCCAUCCCACUCUACACCGGAUAUCCACGGGCGCUACUCAACAUCGCAACGGUGACGUGCAUAGCGUACAUGGUUGUUGGCGUUCCAGGCAACCUGCUGACAAUAGUGGCCUUGAUCAAGAGUAAGAAGACGCGCAACGCAACGGCUGUUUUCAUCAUGAAUUUAUCGUUCUCUGAUUUGUUGUUCUGCUGCUUCAAUCUGCCACUGGCCGCGAGCACCUUCUGGCACCAGGCCUGGCUGUACGGGGAUGUGUUCUGCCGGUUACUGCCGAUGAUGCGGUACGGUCUGCUUGCCGUUUCGCUGUUUACCAUACUGGCCAUCACAAUCAAUCGCUAUAUUAUGAUCGGCCAUCAGCGGUUGUAUCAAAGAAUUUAUCGAACGAAAAACCUGUGUCUGAUGGUGGCGUUUACUUGGAUCUUGGGAUUCGGCUCACUGCUACCAACGUGGCACGAGAAAUGGGGAAAGUUCGGUCUGGACAUUGGCAUCCACUCGUGCUCCAUACUGCCCGAUAGUCAACGGCAUUCCCCGAAACAGUUCCUGUUUUUGAUAGCAUUUGCACUGCCCUGUCUAGCGAUCAUUAUAUGUUACGCUCGCAUAUUCUACAUAGUACGAUCGACCGCUCUACGGACCAAAGAUCUGGCAAGCGAAAAUCUGGACGACAACAGCAUGGAGGACGUUUCCAGUGGAGUCAGUAAUCAACAGCAUCCGGGGCUGCAUGUGGGCUCGUCUGCUACGAUCACUCCAGAGAAAGAACACUCGCGUGGACAAAAGGACGAUUGCCCACCUCCAUUAUCGUACAUCAACUUCAGUCAACACACCGAUUGGCACUAUAUCGACUCGAGCACGGAGAAUGAAAUAUUCUGUGGUACAUCAUCGACAGACGAUAGAACGCGCCGGGCAGCUUCGGUAAACACCACGCUCGAUAAGAACAUUGUCGAUCGCUGUGAUUAUGGUGCUCCGAGGAUACCGCCACAAACCGAUGAAGGAUAUCUGGAGAAUAGCAACGUUAAACCUCGAAAUCAACGGUAUGCCACAGCAUCGGGACCGGGCGUACGGCGCAAUGCGAGCAAUGUGAAUGCGCGUAAGCGCAAGAAGCACCUCAACACAUCCGGUGCCUCGAUUAUGAGCGCGGGCAAGAUGUCCGCCAAGGAUCGGAAGCUGUUGCAGAUGAUACUCGUGAUUUUUCUGGCAUUUCUCGUCUGCUACCUACCGAUCACGGUGGUGAAGCUGUUCCGUCCUAGCAUGCAGGUACUGAACGUGGUGUCAUAUUUGCUGAUCUAUCUGACCACCUGCAUCAAUCCGAUCAUCUACGUGGUAAUGUCGCGUGAGUAUCGCCAGGCGUACUCGGAUCUGGUGCUCUGUCGCACGUACGAAAUGGCAAAAAGCAAAUGCAAACAGCAUAAAGCGGCCAAUGUGCUGCGGUUUGCGUCGAAAUGUUAA